ACCUCUCUUCGUUUUCCAGCAAAAUUUCUUCACCUUGUUCGUGGCCUUCAUUUUCGUUUUCGUUUUCCAGCAUACAGAAUACAUCUUGUUCGUGACCUCUCAUCUUAUUCUCCAUGUCUCGUUAUUCUGAAGCAAGUAGUAGAACAAAAUCCCCUUCCGUCCAUGGCGAAUGUAGGUGUGGUCUUGAUGCACCUUUGAUGACCUCUUGGACUGAUUCAAACCCUGGACGCCGUUUUUACGGGUGUGGGAUGUACAAGAUUCAGGGGUACAAGAGAUGUAAUCACUUUGUUUGGUAUGAUGAAGAGAUGGGCCCUAGAGCAAAAGAGAUGAUUUCAACGUUGAACAAGAAAUUGAAAAUUGCCAAUUUCAAAAUUGAUGCAGGGAAGAUCCGACAAGAUGAAAUGAACAAGAAGAUCAGUAAUUUGAACUUGAAGAUAAAGUAUUUGAAGAUUUCGAUUGCGUCUAUUUUCGUUUUAGUAGUGGGACUAGUGUUAGGAUUUGUAAUGAAGUAG